AAGUACAGAUGGUGAACCUCUUCUUAAGGGCAGAUACUUUAAGCCUCACCCAGAGGAACUAGAGGGAAUGAGGAUGCUGACUGCCUUUGUUCUCACGGCGAUAGCAGGGCCACAACCUCACUUCCUGCAGGUCUGUGUCUCUUCCGGACAAGUCCGUUCAGCAUCAGCAAGUCCAGCGCUCAGCCUGAACUCGGGAUCAUGUCCGUGGUUCCUCCCUCGCUGCUCUGUCUUGGGUUGUGUCUGAGCCAGAGCACUUGGGCACAGACGGGUGAGUGUCUCUGUGAUACUCCUGAGGACCCAGCAGGGUUUAAGCCAGGAAAUCUCCCCCUGCCUCAUAUCACAGCUCUGCCUGGAUCCAUAGUUCCACCUAGGAGUCCUGUGACCCUCCUGUGUCAAGGACCUAAACAAGCUGAGCGGUAUAGGAUAUCAAAAGUGGGAAGCCCUGAGCUCAUGGACGAAGAGGAACAGAUCACACCCAGGAAGACCAACACUUUGAGUAUGGCAGAGAUUACAACAGACAAGACAGGGCUGUACCACUGCUCCUAUCAGAGAGGAGGCCGCUGGUCCCAGUUCAGUGACCCCCUGCAGCUGGUGAUGACCGAAGCUUAUGACAAGCCCUCCCUCUCCAGCAUGGCUGGCACAGCAGUGGCUCCAGGGGAGAAUGUGAAGUUGCAGUGUUUCUCCAAAAUCAACUAUGAUGUAUUUAUCCUCACCAAAGAAGAUGGAGAUCACAUCACCCAGAACCAAAGCUCCACCCCCCAGCACGGAGGACACCAGACCAUCUUCCUCUUGAAUCCAGUCUCCUCCACACAGGCAGGGACCUACAGAUGCUAUGGUGCCUUCCUCAACAAGCCCUAUGUGUGGUCUCAGCCCAGUGACCCACUGCAGCUUCAGGUCGAAGGAACCACUGACUCUCCCAGCAGCACACAGCCAAGAUGUGCAACUGGGGCAUCGGCACCUUAUGCCUCUUCUCCCACAGCGCCUGCCGCUUGGCGUCCUUCUGUGGAGACUCAAGUCCGCCUGAGCCUGGCUGCCCUGCUUCUCCUGGUCAUGGUCGUCCUGUUGACUGAAGCCUGGUGCAGCGGGGCGGGGUCCCUCAGUGAAGUCCGAUGAGCCCCCGCCCCAAUGGACUGGCGAGCGCCGAUGACCCUCCGCUGGUAUCAAAGCACUGUGCCCUCCUCUGGGGCGGAGACGGCCCUGGGCCACACAGCCGCGUAUGCGCUUCCUGUGGAACGCUUCCUGUGGAACCGGAAACGACGCCCCAGGGGCACCGCGGACGAGGGCAGCCCAGUGUUACUUCUCCUUCAGUUCUAGAGAGCAGAAGCCUAAACCUGUCCCCAAGCCUCCACUACUUGCUACUUUCCCGUUGCCGUUCUUGCCUUUUCCUGCUUCUAGACUCGGCCUGUGUUCCCUGUCGUGUAGCCCCCUCCUCCAGACCCAGGAGGGGAGCGCCUCUUCUCCUCUCUGACCUCUGCUUCCUUCCUCCCGUUUUGCCUCACACACCCCCACCCUCCCUUUUAACGAACACUUCUGGGCACUUGCCGGGGGUCCAGUGGUUAAGAAUCCGCCCUGCAAUGCAGGGGAUAUGUGUUUGAUGCCCGGUCAGGGAACUGAGAUUCCACAGGCUGCAGAGCAGCUAAGCCUGUGAGCAGCAACCAAAUGAAUAAAUAAGUAAAAUUACAUUUUAAAAAAGGACACGUGACUACAUUGGGCCCCCCCGCCCGUGACAACCUGCGAUAAGCCCCCACCCAAGAACCGUAAUUUCACCACAUCUCUAGUAUCCCUUUUGACGUGGAGGUUCUGGGUAGCUUUGCAAAACUGUAAUUAGGGGGCUAUUACUCACCCUGCCUCCUGGAGAUCACUGAGUCUGAUCUUUGAGCCAGAAAUCCUUGCUUUUAUGCCCUGUCUCACAGGAGAGACUCGGAAAUAAGCACGGGUUUUUGUUUUGCUUUAAUAUUUAAGUCUUUAUUGAAUUUGUUACAAUUUUGCUUCUGUUUUACGUUUUGGUUUUGGGGCCAUGAGGCAUGUUGGAUCGUAGGUCCCCGACCAGGGAUUGAACCCACAGCCCCCGCAUUAGGAGGUUAAGUCUUAACCACUGGCCCACCAGGGAAGUACCUGGGAAUAUAUGUUUUAAUACUCUUUAGAAUUUAGAACAGGACUUGAUUCAAACAGAGAUGAUGCUUAAUAAACUUUAUGUGUAAUGUGUAAA